GCGGACAGAAAAGACACACAACCAGCGUACUGUUUGAAGUAGCUUGACUUCUUUAGCAACAUGCAGUUUUCGAAGAAUAUGUUUACCCAAGUGGUUUUCAUUGCCACUAUUACCACGAUUGUCUUGAUGCUCUGCGCACCGGUGGAAGUUGGUGCUAGAGCAGCGAGUUCUUUUGUCACCAGCACCAUCACGGUUACUGUAACGUCAAUUGAUAAGAAAAUUUGUGGAAAGCUGGUCAACGUCACUGCUGCUUGUCGUCGGCGUCGCAAUUUUGAAUUCGAGAGGCCUGAAAUCCUGACAUUUGAUGAAGACAUUGACGAAGCGAUCGACUUGGCCUUUAGGAAUGUUUAUAUUCAUAAACAGUUUACUCCUACCAAAACACUCGGUAUGGAAGUGACGCCGUUGGUCUAUUUGCCGCCUCUGAGGUCAUCUGCACGUAAACCACAGAUUGCGAGCUUUCACUCUGGUAUUGAAUCGUCUAUGCCAACUUACAUGUUUGGCAGCCGAAACAAGAAUCCUUACCUAGCCCCGAGUGCCUAUCAACAACAAGCCGAACUACAGAAGCAACAGUUGGACCAAGAAAAUCGUGUGUUUUUCUCCGCCUUGUCGCUUGCCAACUUGUUGAACAAGGUCACCGUAACAUACACCACCUACACUACGAAAACAAAAACGGAAGUCCAGAAUACUGAAGCUACCUUUUUCGUAGUCGGAUGCACGCCAAAUCCGUUCCCUUUCAGCGUUUGCGCUGGUAAACGUUAAGAAAUGGUGACUUUGGAAUAUCUUACUCAAAAUUACAAUUGAUGGCCACGACACUGU